AUGAAAACAGCACGGUUAAAACAAAUUAGAAAAUUGGUAAAAAGCCUGGAGAAAGUCGGGUACAGGGCGCCCUUCAACAUCCUAGCGGACCAUAACUUUCUGUCCACGUAUAACAACUCGCAAAUGAGCCUGGAUGUGCUUGAGAAGCUGCUGAAUGGAAAGAUUCGAAUAUGCACAACCCUCUGCGAGUACAAAAGAUACACAGAGCUUGUUAAGGACAAAAAGCUCAUUGGAUACGUUGCUCUUAAGAAGUGCACACACAAAGACGAGUUUAGAACACGCGAGUGUCUUACCGAAAUGGUCGGAGAAAACAAUCCCCACCACUACUUCCUGGGAAUAUCGCCAAAGCACAAACAAAUCAAGGAAGAGCUGAAGAUACCAAUCAUAUUCAUGCGCUCGGGCGUGCUGUGUCUCGAGAUAGGAGACAUCUCUGCAAAGGAAAUAGAAAAAAAAACAGAGUCUACUGGGCUGUCGGACAAAGAAAGAAAAAGACUCGAUGAAUUAUUUAAUGAGUAG